AAGUUUAUUGAGACCAUGAGAGGGGGAGGUCUUAACAGGAAAUCAGAUAUUUUAUCGCGGAUUCUUUUGUCCGAUGAUGGGCUCAGGCAUGCUGCGCGGUUAAAACGCAAAGAAGUCGAUUUCUGCUACGGGGAAAAGUGGUGAAGUAACAGUUUCUCCCUCGGGUUGUUUUUUUUGGGGGGGGUUACUGCGGUUUUUGCAGUAACCCCAGAAACAGCGCAACAAGUACUUUACUUUUCAUGCGCUCAUUUCGGGGUCGGACGUUGAAGUUGUGAGACUUUCAGCUGGAUUUCUCUCUGAAUCCUCAGCUGCCGAUCAGCCAUUGUGACCGUCAGAAAGGGGCAAGGACUUCUGCUGCAUCAGCUCUGUAUGAGGACACAAACACUUGGAUGCUCCGUGAGGGAAGCUGUCCCAGAUCCACUGAGAAUGGAGUAGAAACACUUUGAUUUUCUCUGGGUUUUAAAUUUGCCUCAAGUUUCUCAGCUUAACAAUAAUGGCCCGAUAGGGAAGAGAAUAAACCCUGCAGCUUUUUUCCUGUGCGCAUCUGCUUGUCGGAGGAAGCUGCUUGGUUUGAUAUUUACCACUCAAGUCUUUGCGCCCGAGGGAAGGAUGACAUCCCAACAAACCUGGGCUCAGAUCAUCAUCACGUCCGCGUCUUUACUCUCCCUGGUCUUGUGCAGCGCGGUGCCGGAUGACCCAGAGGAAGAACACUUCAGCGCCGAGGCAUGGCUCCGUAAAUUCGGCUACCUGUCUCAAGCCAGCAGGCAGAUGUCCACCAUGCAGUCGGCUCAGAUUAUGUCCAAAGCUAUCAGCGACAUGCAGCGCUUGUAUGGACUGGAGGUGACCGGGAAGGUGGACUCUGCUACGCUCGCGGCCAUGCGGCGGCCUCGUUGCGGCCUCCCUGACAGAAAGCCAGAGGAUCUGGUUGACAGAUCUCGGAAGAAGCGUUACGUUCUGACUGGGCAGCGAUGGGACAAAGAUCACAUCACCUACAGUAUAAUGGACCAAAACAUGCCUCGGUCCCUGGGAGAGGAACGGACGUACGAUGCGAUCCGCAAAGCCUUCGGCGUUUGGAGACGAGUCACGCCGCUCACCUUUGAGGAGCUACCACCUGGAAACGGCGUCAACGGCAGCCAGACGAAGCUCGCCGAUAUCCUGCUGCUUUUUGCCUCCGGUUUCCAUGGUGAUAUGUCACUGUUUGAUGGCGAGGGUGGGUCUCUGGCCCACGCCUACUAUCCCGGACCGGGAAUCGGUGGGGACACGCACUUUGAUUCAGAUGAGCCUUGGACACUGGACAACGAAAACCCAAAAGGUAUAGAUCUGUUCCUGGUUGCGGUUCAUGAGCUCGGUCAUGCUCUGGGUCUGGAGCAUUCGGAUAACCCCAGAGCCACAAUGGCUCCUUUCUACCAGUGGGUCCACACACAGAACUUCACGCUCCAUGAGGAUGACAUCAGAGGCAUACAGUACAUAUAUGGUCCUCCGGCCCAACCCGAACCAAGCCCCGGUCCCACCUCGCCUCCCAUCCUCCCUACCUCCACCACCACCCAAUCCCCGCCUGUGCCAGAACCCGUCACUCCACGGAAAGACAUCCCUCCUCCUCCAAGGACUCCUGCGCCUCCUCGGCCUCCCAAGCUGCCAGACAACCAGCCCCCUGACAUCUGCGAUGGAGACUUUGAUACAGUGACCAUGCUGAGGGGGGAGAUGUUUGUCUUCAAGGGUCGUUGGUUCUGGCGGGUUCGGAGGAACCGCGUCCUCGAUAAUUACCCCAUGCCGAUAUCUGUAUUCUGGAACGGUCUCCCCACCGACAUUGACGCAGCGUACGAACGUCACGACGGCAAAUUUGUCUUUUUUAAAGGUGACAGAUUCUGGGUGUUCAGGGAGGCUGACGUGAUGCCAGGGUACCCACAGCCCUUAUACCACUAUGGAAAAGGCGUUCCUCCACACGGGAUCGACACAGCUAUCUGGUGGGAGCCCAACGGAUACACAUACUUCUUCUCUGGAGACAGGUACUGGCGAUACAACGAGGAGACCCGGACCACAGACCGCGACUUCCCCAAACCAAUUAGCAGAUGGGGCAGGAUCCCUCCCUCCCCUAAAGGAGCCUUCCUCAGCGAUGAUGGGGCUUACACCUAUUUCUACAAAAGCACCAAUUACUGGAGAUUUGACAAUCACAGAUCCGAAGCAGACAAAGGCUACCCCCGCUCCAUCCUGAAGGACUUCAUGGGUUGCGUGGGGGUCCCCGACCCAAAGCCCGACGCAGACGCCGAGCCGGGGCAGGAAGACAAACCGGUCAAGCCUUCAGACCGAGGCAAAGAUGAGCACAAAGAGCCAGACAGAGGCCGGGACAGAGACACAAACUCGGAGCAAGAGGAGACCGCUAACCCUGACAGCACAGAGGAAGAGGAGGACAAAGACGUGAACGUGGUCGUGACCGUGGCUGACAAUGAAUCAAAGGUCAUGACCCUGAUUAUGGUGGUCGUUCCCCUGGUGCUCAUCCUGUGCAUCCUCGUCCUAAUCUAUGCCAUCCUCAGGACUCUUCAGAACAAAGAGACACCGAGGGCCUUGGUGCACUGCAAGCGCUCGCUGCAGGACUGGGUGUGACGCUCGAAUGGAAGAGAUAGAUCAGGUAUCCGUCGUUCACCUGGUGCCGUCGCUGCCGUCCAGUUUUUACUUUUGGCGUUAGAGGAAAAGAAGCUUUGAAAAAGCUGACGAUGGGCCUGUUAGUUAUUGGGAGAACCUUUAUUGCUCGUGUGACAUGAUAAAAAAAUAGUGAAUUCAGCGCCCGUGGAGCUUUAGCUCGGCCACAAGUUUUUUCUACUGUGCCUCUCUGUGCCUUCCAAAAGUCUGAAAAGGUACCCCCCCCCCCCCCCACAAAAACCCCCGCUUUCUUUAAAAUGACAUUUCACCAGGAAUGUGUGAUUGCAUCAAUUCUAACUGGACUGAGGACGUUUGGGGGAUUUAUUUGUAGUGUAAAUGCAGACAAAGUCUUUAGAGCACAUAUAUUAGGAGCACAGUCACAAACACGUUUGCUUGCAUCAAUAAGAACAAUCUUCUAUAUUUUUUGAUUAAAAUGCUUCAACAGUGUUUCCUCUGUUUAGAACAGAUCGUUUGCACUUUGCCGUCUCUGUUGUGCUGAGUUUGCGUCUCUGCAGUAAAGUUUGUGUGUUCAUGCAAAGCAGGCCAAGCUCGUCCUCCUACCAGCACAGGAAUGUUACAGCUGUGUGUGUCCAUGACGCUUCCCACUGAGCCCAUUAUGUCUGACCUUUCCUGCACACAUGACACACAUUAGCUCAAAAACAGUUUGUAUCUGCACUGAUUUGUGCAUGCAUGUUCGCUCAUCCACCCGCAGCACGUAGGUUUUUCUUUUCUUUUUGUGCACAGACACUUAAGCUCCAGCCUCCCCUCCUCCUGCCGCAGCCUCGUGCAGACUGCACCGCCAAAAACAUGAUCCCAGCGGAGACGUGCUGAUAUACGGCCGGUGCCCGGCGUUAGGAUUUAUUUGCUUUUUAUGGGCACUAUCGAGAAUUAUCAAGGACUUUUAUGAAAUCUGCAGUGUCAGCCUGUGAAGAGUGAAAAAGCAACUGUGUCCUCUUUUUAGGUCUCUAUUGCUUUUUUUAAAUGCUAAACAUAGAGUUAAAGCUAAUUAUGUCUACGAGGGAGAGGCCUGAAGAAUGGGUGAGGGUCUGGUUUCCAUUAAGGCCACAUGUUGCAGAUUUAGGACCGUCAGGCAUGAGGGGAGGCGGGGGAGCUGGGAAAAAUGCAGAAGGGGGAGUUAUAAAAAAUGGUGGCAGUGAGUAAAGAGUAUAAGGGAAAUGAGAGGGAAGGAGAUGAGGAGAGAAGGAAACCGAAGGAGAGGGGAGAGGGAGGGCUCUGUCAGCAUUUCCUUUCCAGGGGUCUGCAUAAAAGGGCGAGCGAGCGAAGGAAGGAAGGAGAAAGGGAGGUUAGAAGGAUUUAGAGGAGGGGCAAUGCUGGCGUUGUGCCUCCUGACCUACAUUGGGCCACUCAAGUCCGCUUCUCUCUUGUUUUGCUGCGCUCUGUUGUCACGGGCUACAGAUGACUGUCCGCUUUUUGCUCUCCCCACUUUUGUUUCUUUCAGUCAUUUCCCCAGUGUAUUCAUUUUCUCCUCCACUCUGCUGGAAACUCAGCUCAAGCAUUUACAAGAUAAUGAAACCACAGAAGCAUCUGCAGGAUGUGACGGGAUCUCGUCUUAUUGUCUUUUCCGGCUCAUCGAUCAGCAUUUUAAACUUGUUAACCUUUGCAUCGUGUUUCGUUGUGACUUGUUUCCCCUCCUGUGAAGACUGCGGGGGCGUUUUUUAAAGAACUAUAUAAAUAAUACAGGGGAAAUGUUUUCUUAUGUGUUUCUUACUACUUUUUUUUUUUACAUUAUCAUUUGUAGUUUUGCACAUUUUGUGUGCAUUCAGAUGUUUUGUUAGAGCAGCAGUAGAUUUCUUUUGAUGUUGAUGAUGAUGAUGAUGAUGAUGCAUGCAGGGCAUGUUGGAUAAGGCCUGUGCACUCCAGUGUAGAGUACAUUAAAGGUUUCACAAUAAAACUCAGAUAAAAAGCAA